AUGGAGUUAUCUGAUAUGAUGAAGAAAAGCGCGUCGCCACAAGGGAUGGGCGUCUGCCACGAGUUCAGCAUCCCAAACUUCUGCGCCGUGCUGAAGAGGCAUGGUGUCGGCGAAAAAAUCUGUUCUGGUACUUUUCAGGUCGGCAGUUAUGACUGGAAUUUAACCGUAUAUCCAUCAGGAUCAGGAGACCAUGAUGAUGACGAUAAAGGGCAAUAUAUCUCCCUCUUCCUUGAGCUGCUGACUGAUCCUGGAACUAGCCAUGUCAAGGCGUUAAAAAUUUUCAGGAUCUAUAACUGGAGUGGCGACGGAUCACCAACCAUCGAAGUAGGAGCGGAAAGCAUCUAUAAUAGUGAUGUUAGGUCCUGGGGUUUCUCAGAUGUCGUCACCGUGGAAUCUUUCAAGUCGCAAUAUCUGAAUUAUGAUCGCUCCCUCACCAUAUACUGUAAAGUUUUUGUCAAGGAGGACUACCCUACUCGAGAACCCACCAUCGACGACACUGGAUUCGUUGUUCCCGUGACAUGCUCUGACAUCAUUGGGCAUCUCGAGCAGCUUCUGGUGAGGGGAGAAGUGGCAGAAGUGAGGUUCCUAGUCGAGCAGAGUGAGAUCAGCGCACACAGGCUCAUAAUCGCUGCACGUUCACCACUCCUAUACGAGCUGGCGGUAUCCACGGACAACAACAAUAACCUUGUUGUACGUAUCGACGACAUGAGGGCAGCAGUAUUUAGGACCGUGCUCCAGUUCAUCUACACCGAUGAGCUGCCUCCAUUGUUUGACCUAAUGGUAACUGAUCGUAGAGACGGCGAGGUGAUUGCAGGAGACAUGUUGGCAGCGGCAUGCCGGUUCCACCUAGAUAGGAUGAAGGCUAUGUGCGAAAACUUGGUAGCAAAUUACAUGUCCGAAGACAACAUGCUUAGCAUGUUGAAGUUGGCGCGCCGUUACAAUUGCUCGAAGCUCGAGGAGUGUUGCAUCGAAUUCAUCUCGUUACAACACGUGGCCAAGGAAGUGUUGAAAAGAAGCAUAGACUAG